AAACAAAUUCGUGGUGGGUUGUAUCUUCCCAGGGUUUAGCGAACAUGUUGUAAGAUUAAUUUGAGAGCCACAAGAUGUAUCAUAGGCAAUUAGGGAGCAUGCUUGUAUUCUCUGGCCAGUAGUUGAUGCACUUGCGAGGGAUAUGUAUUUGAAUACGUUUCACGGAUGCAUGCUCAUCACAACGGAGGCUUUGAUAUACUAACCAGGCUAACUGAUGGACAACAGGUGGUGCUAAAUUGUAAUUUACUGUAGUGGGGCCUCGGAGAACAUCAUUUCGAAAUAUGCCACGUUUUUAUAAUAUUUAACUGAAUGACUGUGAUGGCGUUCCUGCUUAGGGCUCUAGUGCUACCUGUCUUCCUGUCCUCGGUGCCCUGGGUGGCAGGGUCAACGUUCACCCUGCUGCUGUCCUUGCCCAACACCUCCAAGCCCUUCAGUGUUGGCAGGAUCGGGGCGGGCGCCCUCAUCGCCAUCGACGCCGUGAACCGGAGUCCCGAUCUGUUGGCAGGUCACUGGCUGCAGCAUGAAUACGUGGAUGAUGAGUGUAGCGAUGUGAACGGCCCGGGGAAGAUAGUGGAGCUACUACACAGACGGAACUACAGCGCUUUCAUCGGCCCCGCCUGCUCCGAGGUAUGUGCGAUCACUGCCAAGCUGGCAGCUUUCUGGAACAUUCCCGUGGUCAGUCCCACCUGCGCAGAUCAGCAAUUUCUCAUCAAAAAGGCUUACCCCACUCUUACCAGAGUGUUUGGCCCCUUCACCAAGAUGGGCUCGUUCUUUGUGAAGAUCUGUGAGAAGUUUGGCUGGAGACGUGUAAGCAUUAUCUACGACCACACACCUGCCUGGAUCAUCCCUGCUGAGGGAAUCAGGUACCAAGCUGAAGUCAAUAACAUCACUGUGGCUAAAUACCUGGCAUAUCAAACACCUCUCGGGCAAGACAGCACUCACACAGCCCUCACACAAGCGCGUAUGCUACAGGAGGUUGCCGAGGUGUCUCGCAUCAUAGUGAUCUCAGCGCAUGGGGAGGUGGUCAGGGACUUCCUGGUCGAGGCCCACAGGAGAGGCCUCACCACAGGGGACUACGUCUUCUUCUGCUUCGAGCCCUACAGGCUGGAGGAGAUGUUUGGCAACUUUGACUGGAAAAGAGGAGAUGUUUAUGACUCCGUGGCUAAGCAGGCCUACCAGGCUCUGUUUCUACUCUCCCUGUACAAACCCAACGACCAGAGGUACUGGAACUUCUCCAAUGACGUCAUCCGCAGAUCCAGAGAGGACUUUGGCUAUGUCUACGCACCCAACGAAAAGGUGUCGGUGCUGGCAGCCAUAGCCCAUGACUCUGUAUGGCUGUAUGCUCAGGCUCUGAAUGAAACCCUGGCGGAACGCGGGGACCCAUACGACGGCUUCACCAUAACCCGCAAGAUGUGGAACCGAACCAUCACAGGUAUCCAGGGUGACGUUACCAUGGAUGCCAAUGGAGACAGGGAGUCUGCCUAUAUGAUGAAGCACAUCCAGGGCGGAGAGAACGACAGGGAGUUCAAAGUAAUCGCCAAUUACUUUGGUACGAAUAAGGCUUAUGAGCCAGUGGAGGGGGUCCAAGUCUGCUGGCCAGGAGGGAGGAAGACUCCACCGAAGGACACACCCCACUUUGGCUUCAAAGAUGAGCUCUUCAUCAAUAUCGAGAAGAGGUUUGCCAUAGCUGUGGGGAGCAUUGCUGUUUUCCUGGCCACCGGGACACUUGUCGUUUGUCUUCUCUACAGGAAGCACGUCAUGCAGAAGAAGGUGUCUGUGGUCCUAUGGAGGAUUAGCCCCGGCGAUGUCACCAUGAUGGGGCACAGCUCGUCCUCGGCAGGAAAGGUACCAUACCUCAACUCCGAGGCCAUCCAUGCUUCUCUGGAGUCCAUCCUGGGAAAUAUGAAGGACAGUCCAUCCUCCCACAGAACGGCCGUCUAUAAAGAGAACAUCUGUUCAGUGCGACUGCUGAAUGUGAAGAGUGUGUGUCUGAACAGGGAGCUGCUCACUGAGCUGAAGCAGUGUAGGGAUUUGAGCCACCCAAACAUCUGCAGCUUCAUUGGUGCUUGUCUGGAACCUCCACAGCUCUUUCUGCUGACUGAGUACUGUCCUAAAGGGAGCCUGCAGGACAUUUUGAAGAAUGGUUCCAUUAAGCUUCACUGGAGCUUCAAGUUCUCCCUGAUGCUGGACAUUGUCAAGGGGAUGGACUACCUACACCGCAGCCCCCUGCGCUCCCAUGGUCACCUGUCGUCAUCUAACUGCGUGGUGGAUAGUCGCUUCGUCCUAAAGGUGACCGACCAUGGCCUCAGUCUCCUCAGAAGACCCCCCGGCCAGGACGAGGAGGGCUGGUCUAAAGAACACUGGACAUCCUUGCUGUGGAGGGCCCCGGAACUGCUGAAGGACAGCAUGCCCUCCUCUGGCACCCAGAAGGGGGAUGUCUACAGUUUUGGCAUUAUUGUUCAGGAGGUGGUGUACCGCAGGGGCCCUUUCCAUAUCCCCAACAACAACCUCGAGGCAAGAGACAUAGUGGAGGGGGUCAAGGCCGGGGUGUGUGUGGGGGGCGGAGGUAGCCCCCUCAGGCCCCACACGGACAGUUCAGAGUGUCCAGAGGGUGUGGAGGCUCUGCUGGGGGCGUGCUGGAGUGAGAGGCCCAGUGACCGACCAGACUUCUCCUCCCUCAGAGUGACCGUAAAGAGACUCUGCCCCAGCGGCGUGGGGGAGAACAUUCUGGAUGACCUGCUGUCCCGCAUGGAGCAGUAUGCCACCAACCUGGAGGAGGUGGUCAGCGAGCGCACCGCCCAGCUCCUGGAGGAGAAGAGGAGGGCCGAGGGCCUCCUCACUCAGAUGUUGCCACGAUCGGUGGCUGUCCAGCUGAUUGCUGGGAAGACGGUGCGGGCGGAAACCUACGACUCUGUCACCAUCUAUUUCAGUGACAUCGAAGGAUUCACCGCCAUGUCGGCCAGUCUCACGCCAAUGCAGGUGGUGAACGUGCUGAAUGACCUGUACACGUACUUUGACAAUAUCAUCGACCACCACGAUGUUUACAAGGUGGAGACCAUUGGCGACGCGUACAUGGUGGUAUCUGGCCUGCCCAUUAGAAACGGGGACGACCAUGCGAAGGAGAUCGCCCGCAUGUCUCUGGCAGUGGUGCGGGGCAUGAGACAGUACAACAGUCCACACGUGCCCCAGCAGCAACUCAAAGUCCGCAUUGGACUCCACUCAGGUCCAUGUGUGGCUGGUGUAGUGGGACUGAAGAUGCCCCGGUUCUGUUUGUUCGGAGACACAGUUAACACGGCCUCGCGGAUGGAGUCGCACGGCUCACCAUUGAAGAUCCAUGUGAGCAGCUCCACUAAAGCUCUCCUGGACACAUUUAGGACGUUCCGCUGUGAGCUGAGAGGAGACAUCCACAUAAAGGGGAAGGGGCUUGUGAGGACAUUCUGGCUUUUGGGAGAAGACCAAUGAAAAUGUUAUGUUUUCUGUAAUUUGAUUUAGUCCGUCUCUCAGAAGUAAAGAUCCAAUCUUAAAAAAUAAAAUCUGAUAUACAGUUGAUGUCGGAAGUUUACAUACACUUUGGUUGGAGUCAUUAAAACUUGUUUUUCAACCACUCCACAAAUUUCUUGUUAACAAACUAUAGUUUUGGCAAGUUGGUUAGGACAUCUACUUUGUGCAUGACACAAGUCAUUUUUCCAACAAUUGUUCACAGACAGAUUAUUUCACUUAUAAUUCAAUGUAUCGCAAUUCCAGUGGGUCAGAAGUUUACAUACACUAAGUUGACUGUGUCAUUAAACAGCUUGGAAAAUUCCAGAAAAUGAUGUCAUGGCUUUAGAAGCUUCUGAUAGGCUAAUUGACAUCAUUUGAGUCAAUUGGAGGUGUACUUGUGGAAGUAUUUCAAGGCCUACCUUCAAACUCAGUGCCUCUGCUUGACAUCAUGGUAAAACCAAAAUAAAUCAGCCAAGACCUCAGAAAAAAAUUGUAGACCUCCACAAGUCUGGUUCAUCCUUGGGAGCAAUUUCCAAACGCCUGAAGGUACCACGUUCAUCUGUACAUACAAUAGUACUCAAGUAUAAACACCAUGGGACCAAGCAGCCAUCAUACCGAUCAGGAAGGAGACGUGUUCUGUCUCCUAGAUAUGAACGCACUUUGGUGCGAAAAGUGCAAAUCAAUCCCAGAACAACAGCAAAGGACUUUGUGAAGAUGCUGGAGGAAACAGGUACAAAAGUAUCUAUUUCCACAGUUAAACAAGUCCUAUAUCGACAUAACCUGAAAGGCCGCUCAGCAAGGACGAAGCCUAUGCUCCAAAACCACCAUAAAAAAGCCAGACUACGGUUUGCACUGCACAUGGGGACAAAGAUGCACUUUUUGGAGAAAUGUCCUCUGGUCUGAUGAAACAAAAAUCGAAUUGUUUGGCCAUAAUGAGCAUCGUUAGGUUUGGAGGAAAAAGAGGGAGGCUUGCAAGCCGAAGAACACCAUCCCAACCGUGAAGCACGGGGGUGGCAGCAUUAUGUUGUGGGGGUGCUUUGCUGCAGGAGGGACUGGUGCAGUUCACAAAAUAGAUGGCAUAUGACAAAUGAAAAUUAUGUGGAUAUUUUGAAGCAACAUCUCAAGACAUCAGUCAGGAAGGGUCUUACAAAUGGACAAUGACCCCAAGCAUACUUCCAAAGUUGUGGCAAAAUGGCUUAAGGACAACAAAGUCAAGGUAUUGGAGUGGCCAUCACAAAGCCCUGACCUCAAUCCUAUAGAAAAUGUGUGGGUAGAACUGAAAAAGCGUGUGCGAGCAGAGGCCUACAAACCUGACUCAGUUACACCAGCUCUGUCAGGAGGAAUGAGACAGAAUUCACCCAGCUUAUUGUGGAAAGCUUGUGGAAGGCUGCCCAAAACAUUUGACCCAAGUUAAACAAUUUAAAGGCAAUGCUACCAAAUACGAAUUGAGUGUAUGUGAACUUCUGACCCACUGGGAAUGUGAUGAAAGAAAUAAAAACUGAAAUAAAUCAUUCUCUCUACUAUUUUUCUGACAUUUCACAUUCUUAAAAUAAAAUGGUGAUCCUAAACAGGGAAUUUUUACUUGGAUUAAAUGUCAGGAAUUGUGAAAAACUGAGUUUAAAUGUAUUUGGCUAAGGUGUAUGUAAACUUCCGACUUCAACUGUAUUUGUAUGUACUGUAGCUUAUUUCCAUAAUUUUUUUGUGGUUGCAAUUUGUUGUUUGAGUGCAAUGUCAAGGAUCACUGAGCAAAUGCUUAUUCUUUGAAAAACCGAUGUAAUAUCAAAAUAUCAAAGCUAUCACCAUUCCGAUUCUUGGAUGUUGUGUAAUGUAAUUUUCUCUACCUUUAGUUUUUUUUUUAUGGCUUCUUAUUUAUUGGUUCACCUUUAAAGAGCCAACUCUAUUCACUAGAGGUAUUAUAUAUUUCUACAUUUUUUUAAAUAUAUACAGUAAAUCUUUUUUAAAUCUUAUGUAAUCACAAAAAGAAAACAAUCACGCUCAUUGCUUUGUGUGUUCACAAUACUUUCCAAGGGCAUGGUCAUUAAUUUAAAUAUACUGUAUAUAUAUAUUGUUUCACAAAUGAUUGAUGUGUGAGACUCCAGUAGAGUGGAACAUAUCUGUUAUAUUAUGUGAUCCACUACAUUUCUCACAACAUUUCUUUGUUAAGAACCAAUUUGGAUAGAUUACGCAACUAAUGGAGCUCUUUUAUUGAGCAGUGAUAAUGGUAAUUUCACUCUGUGCCAGAGAGAUAAGCUAGUUCAGCUUAGUUCACUUCCACAACGGGUGCAGCCUGUGUCAGCACAUUUUAACGGAAAACAUUGUUUAUCAUUGUUUUGACUCUGUGGCAGAUCGUUAAGGAGAGAUCAAUCGUUAGGACUAAAUUAGACUUGACAAUAACAGGCCAUUCAGGCCAUUGACCGACAGCGCGCACACACACACACACACACACACACACACACACACACACACACACACACACACACACACACACACACACACACACACACACACACACACACACACACACACACACACACACACACACACACACACACACACACACACACACACACACACACACACAGCUAACCUUGUGGAGACAUACAAUUCAGUCCCAUUCAAAAUCCUAUUUUCCCUAAACCCUAACCCUAACCCAAAAACCUAAACUUUAUCCUAACCCUAAACCUAACCCUUGCCCCUAACCCUAACCCUACAACUAACCCUAGCUCCUAACCUUAAUAUUUAACUUAAUUCUAACCCUAACACUAAUUCUAACCUUAACCCUAAACCCCCUAGAAAUAGCAUUUGACCUUGUGGGGACUAACAAAAUGUCCCCAGCUGGUCAACUUUUAGUUUGUUUACUAUGUAGGGAAUUCUGGUCCCCACAAGAAUAGUUAAACACAUCCACCCACCCACCCACACACACCCACACACACCCACACACACCCACACACACACACACACACACACACACACACACACACACACACACACACACACACACACACACACACACACACACACACACACACACACACACACACACACACACACGCUCACUCCACUGCUCUUCUAUCAAGUACCUACCUAGGACCAGCUUGGUCAUUAGGGCCACAACUAAAAGCUCUGGAGAGUGCAGUCUCUUAAUUAUCGCCUUGAAAUGGCUUCAAAGAUUGGAUCUUAAUGUUGUUUCCAAUUACAGUUAUUGAAAAUAACUUCUUUUGAUGCAGCAUUCUUCUCUCUUGGCCUUCGCUGCUGGUUUCUAUGUGGCAAAACAAAAUAAAGGACUUUGGUCCUGUCCCAUGUUAUUUUGGUUUCUGUCAACGUGGUUUCAUCUGACCAUGCAUCACCUUUCAAGACUCGUGAUUUCCCAGGAAACGAGUGACUGACAAACAAAAUCCGUCAAUUUAUUAAAGAAGAUCAAGGAGAAAUGUAAACAGAUCAGCCAGGAGGUUUUGAGCUUGCCAAUAGUUAGAGAGUGUAUACCUGGAAAACAACAAUUAGAAAUGGCAUGCACUGUGAAACGUUCAGUUUUACACUAGAUUUGGCUAGCGUUCGGAUAGCAGCUGGAUGCUACAUUGAUUAAUAUGGCAAGUUAAGAUCAUGAAAGCUGCUAUGUGACGUCCAUAGACCAUUUCUAAAGGGGAAAUUACUCGUAAACUUUUACUUCCUGGUCCUCCUUCCUGUGAUUGCCUUCCCUGAAAUGGGCCGCUUUCCAAAUGGCACCCUAUUACCUCAGCCUGUGAAUUGUAAGCACUAUAUAAGGAAUCAAAAGUAGUGCAUUAUAUAGGGAAUAUAGUCCCAUUUGGAACGCAAACAUAGUCCUACUGAUGCAACUAAACUCCUAAGUCAGCGUUUCCCAAACUCGGUCCUGGGUACCCCAAAGGGUGCACCUUUUAGUGAGGGAGGAGGGACAGAGAGACAGAUAAAGGUUAAAACCCUUACAAAAAUGACUCAUAACAGAUGGCUUGAAAGGUUGCUCUGCAUGCUUGAAGAUUGUCCAUUGAAAAGGUGAUCCUAGUGUGUCAUAGUCUAAGGUUCUUUUAUUGAUCUAAAAUGCCAGGCUUUGUAUUUCUUAAAGCAAUACGUUCACACUCAGUGUGACUAUUUAAAGGUGGCUCACUUGGACAGUUUUCUUUCUUGUCUACUGUUAUGGUCUGGUCAGGUCUCAAACCUUUAUUUAACGGUUCCCCAAAAAGAUUUUUGAUAAAUGUUUUAUUGAACAUAAACCUUUAUUAAACAUUUACCUCCCCCCCCUUCAA